AUGGUAUUUAUAUCCAUCAACAAAAGUAUGCACUUGAUCUUGUUUCUAGUGCCCCGCUUGAAUGAUGCGAAGGUUGUUGAUACACCCAUGGAACUCAAUAUUAAACGUUCUGCACAUGUUGGAGAUCCUCUUUUUGAGCCUACAAUGUAUCGCAAACUCGUUGGCUUCCUCAUCGAUCUUAUUAUGACUCGUCCAGAUAUUGCAUAUGUUGUCCAUGUUAUGAGCCAAUUUGUUUCAGAUCCUCGACAACUACAUCUAUCAGCAGUUCAUCUAAUUUUAUGUUAUGUUCGAGGUACUUCUAUUCGUGGAUUAUUCUUUGACUCCACGUCCUCUUUAGAUCUUAGUGCAUAUGCAGAUGUAGAUUGGGCAGGAUAUUCAGAUACUUGCCGUUCUACUACAAGAUAUUGUGUGUUUCUUGGGUCAUCAUUAAAUUCAUGGAAGAGCAAAAAACAUGACACUGUUUCCAAGUGA